GGGGCGGGGCUGGACUUUGGCCGUGGCAGACGUGGCAGAAAGAAAAAAAAAAGCAUCAGUUGCCAUUUCAUCUCCUCGACAAAGCAAACCAUGCGGAUCUUUUGCACAGCGUUUGGGCAUAUAAGACAGAAUUCCCCAUUGAAAAGGGGUUUGGGUUACGUGGCGAGCCGGGGCGCUGACCAACGCGGGGGCGGACUCACAUACUUCUUCUCCCCACUCGUGAGGUCUGUGACUUGCUGGGAAAGCCCGCGCACCGCACACUGCACCCGGGCAGAGGUGUGAGCUCUCAGGGUUCCUUCGCAGCCCACCGCCUAAGCUCGCGGCUUCGAGCUCCCGCCGCGAUCCAAGUCCCAGCGCCGGGAGGUGGGCCCCACGCGCGGCCUCCGGGCCCCGCCCACUCUGGCCUGGGGUCGGAGCCGCGGCGAGCGCCAGCCCAGUCCGAGCGGCCGCGGCCCCUUUAAGGAGCCGCUCUGCGGUAACCCGAGCCCGCAGUCCGGGCGGGCGCGGCGGCAGCGGCGGCGCGAGCCUCGGCGACAGCUCCUCCGGGCUCCCCCGGCUUUCCGCGAGCAUCUCGCGCGUGGCUCCGGCCGGCGCAGCCUUCGGGCCAGGCUGGAUGACCAGGCGCCUGUGAGCCCCGCUGCGCUCUCCCGGCCCCGCGUAGCCGCCGCCCGCGGGAGUCGUCCCGGGACCCGGCACAGACAAGGAAAUACUAAUAUCAGCAGUCUGAGCCAAAGAGCAGAGCGCGUGUCUCUUUAGAAUGCCUUCACUCCUGCUGGGCAGGCAAUGGUCUAUGACUUUGGCUUAAAUGAUUCUUAGACAUUAUCCGACCAACUCUUUCAAUUUAUAGAUGAGAAAACUGAGUCAAAGAGAAACAGGCUGAAGGACUAUGGAGGCGAGUACCAAGGCGGCCGUCGGCAGUGGGGCUAUGGAGGCGAGCACCAAGGCGGUCAUCUGCACUGUUUGCAGCAGCUUUGUUGUUUUCCAGAUUCUUUUCCAUUUUGUCAGUUACUGGUUUUCAGCAAGAGUUUCUUCAGGUUAUAACAGUCUUAGCAUCGACAAGAAGAUUGAAUGGAACUCAAGGGUAGUAUCCACGUGCCACUCUUUGUUAGUUGGGAUUUUUGGCUUAUACCUCUUCUUCUUCGAUGAGGCCACUAUAACUGAUCCGCUCUGGGGUGAUCCAACGUAUGUGAACAUAAAUAUUGCAACUGCUUCAGGCUACCUCAUUUCUGAUUUAUUGAUUAUACUUUUUAAUUGGAAAGUGAUCGGCGACAAAUUUUUUAUAAUUCACCAUUGCGCAGGACUAACUGCAUACUACUUUGUAUUGACAACUGGAGCGCUUGCCUACAUUGCCAAUUUCCGCCUGCUUGCCGAGCUUUCCAGCCCCUUUGUAAACCAGAGGUGGUUCUUUGAAGCCCUGAAGUACCCCAAGUUUUCCAAAGCCAAUGUCAUCAAUGGAAUUCUUAUGACGGUGGUCUUUUUCAUCGUGCGGAUCAUUUCGAUACCUCCGAUGUAUUUCUUCCUUUACUCCGUGUACGGAACAGAACCCUACAUAAGGUUCGGAUUUGUAAUCCAGUCUGUCUGGAUCGUUACUUGUGUUAUUUUAGACGUGAUGAAUAUCAUGUGGAUGAUCAAAAUCACGAAAGGAUGCAUCAAAGUCAUCUCCCUCAUCAGACAAGAGAAAGCCAAGGAUAGCCUUCAGAACGGGAAACUCGACUAAAGGCAUGCUUCAUCGGACACCUUGCUUCCAUAAGCCAUCUUCAUUCCUCUUUGUCCCGGCCGACACGAUGAGCUCCUGCGCCGCUCUGUUAGGCACGGUUGUUACUCAUGGUUUCAGUGUUCUUUCCUCUUUUCUUUAAUCUUUAGACAAGAGAAAAUAAAAUUUAGUCUUCAUCCCAGGAUUUCUUCUUUCCUUCAAUAUUUUUAAGCAUGGAUGGAAACUGAAAGGUUUAAACAAAAGUUGUAAGUGGAGUGGGGAAACUUUUCUGAAUUCGUCAGUGUUCAUGGGGAUUAUUCUCUGCAGGAAAAUGGCUGGUGAUUCGGUGGCCUUUGUACACCACCCAUUUUAUUUUGCUGAAGGACUGAGAACGGCUUUUCAGUCUGCGAGCAGCUCCGUUGGCUGUGCUCCGGUCUUUUCCAACAUCAGAGCCUGUGUAGGGUUUCCUUUCUAAGUUGCCAGCACGUCCCUUCCCCAGGCCAUCAGAACUGACAUGGUUUCAUGGGGGUAUGCAGUCAUCUGUUACGCUACGAUAGAGCACUUCUCAUGUUGAUCCUAUCAUAUUUGAAAAUAUUUUAUGCAUUUUUAAGAUUUCAGCUGCUUCGUUUCUCUCUGUAGUGCUUUAUCCAAUUAUAUUUUGAAAAUCUUAUAGUCAGGCAAGGUUUAAGACCCAUCUUGUGGACCACAUGAAUGCCGAUAGUGAGGACUCCCGGGAACGUGCCUCAUCACGCUGCCUUCGCCUGCUUCCGGGUACUUUCCCCAUAAAGAUCAUAUUUCUUCUUGCAAAGUUUUCCAAGUUCCAAACCUGACACCAGAACACCAGUCUUGUCUAGAAUGUGCGCGCUGGGCAUGCUCCUGAAAUCGGCCUCAUUUUGGUGAGACUAAAACUACAGACAAGUCAGAGUUUGUGCUUUACUUAGAGAUUUUACUCAGGCUUGCUUAGUUUGUCUUUGCCUUUUUGUUUUCUUAAAGAGCAGAAGGAAGGAAGGUGACUUACCCCAAGUAUUCUGAUUAUCAAAACUGUCAUUCAUUGUGAAAAAAAAAUCGUGUGUGUGUGCGCGUGUAGUGGGGUGUUUUUCCUUUGAUUCUUGCAAUCCAAAUAUAGAAUUAUAUAUUUAGCUAUUAUUGCCUUUAUUUAUUUUUUUCUGAAGUACUUGACUUUAAUGAUUGUUCUUAAGAUAUAGACUUAAUCCAAUUAGUGGUGAAUACUUGAAUUUAACUGAACUUAAACCAAAAGAUCUAAUCCAUUUAGAGUAUCAGACUGAAGGAGAACGUUUGGCUCUUUCAUUAUUCAUCUUAGGCUGAUGAACUAAUGGAAUGUCAUCAAAACAUUUAAUGUAAUGUAGUUUGAUUUAAUUGUCUAGUACAGAUAGAGUCUGGCAAGUUCUGGUAUGUUUAAAGAUGGGAAUUGAAAUUCCAGUCCAAUGAUAAAAAUCAAGUCGAUUGUCUUGUUCUUGGUGUAUUUACUUUUGAAAGAUAAAGUCAUGAAAAAGAUAGGGCUUUGUCUUUAAAGCAGCUAAUGCCACAUUUGUAAUGGCUUGCUAAGUUUAGUGCUGUCUCCAUCAUAGGCAACUCAGGUGUGCACUGGUUGUGUAAAAGUGAAGGUAUAGGGAUGCAAAUGAUUUUAUAUUGUUCAUGGCUCUUUUACAAGAAAAUGGGCUUUUUUUUUUUAAUGGAGAGAAGACAUUUAUAUUAUAAAACUAUUUUGGAAAUCCACUAAGAAAAGAAUAAAUCUUGAGGUAAAUAUGUUUGUCUCUUUGGCUAGUACUACAGUUCUGAACGCAGAUUUUAAACUCGCCAUUAAAAUGAUGGCAGUGUAUGGUUAUGAGUCUCUGUGAAGGCGAUAAUUGCUUCAUGCUGAAAGGGUCAUUUGUAUUUCGUUGCUUUUAUCAUUACUCGAUAUAACCAAUAAGUAUGUUCGGAAUAUCAAACAUUAAACCCAGAUUUGCCAUUGUAGCCCUUAUUAUCUGCAGCUUCCAGACUUCCACUCUCCUCAUCCUUUAUAGAAGGGAACUGUGUUGGAAAUGUCCUGCAAACUGCCACUGCAAGCCAGCCCUCCCCUGGGGCUGUAUUUUGCUGUUUUGUGAUCACAUUUAUCAACCUAAAAUACAAAUAAAGACAGAACAUAGUAUUUACUAAAACAAUGAAAUUUUCAUUUAUUGAAUGACAAAUUUUUGCUAGAUAUUUUAGAUAUAAGUAUUUUGGCUACAUUGAUUAAUUUAAGUGAGUCUAUUAGGCAUUCUGAUAUUUAACAAGUCUUAAAAUAUUUAUAGAAAAUAAAAGCAAAUUGGUAUAAAUUUUUAAGCAAUUCUAUUUUUCUAGAGAAGAUUAGUGACAAUCUGAAUAUGUAGUAUUCUAGAAAAUAAACUUUAAAAAAAAAAAGCAAAACUCAACUAGUAGCAUGCAAGACUGUGGGCCCUGCACUUGAUGGUAUGUUAUGUGCUAGACUUGAGGUAUUUGGAGCUUGGGUUCAUAGAAUUUGCAUUCUUGUGUCUAAAAUCAUUUGGAGGAUUCUUUGCAUUUUUUUUUAAAUUCAAAAUGGAGUUACAUAUGCAUGCAAAGAAAUUAACUCAAGGUACCCUGGUGUGUUGGCUUUUCAAACUUGAAAUGGGUAUUUUCUAUUUUGUUUUGUUUGUUUCCUGUUGUUUCGUGGACCAGUUAUGUGUCCAGAGGAAUUUUGGUAGGUUUUACCAUCUCUGAGAGUCACCCUGCUUUAUUUUGGAUAAACUGGGUGCAUAGGUUUGGAAAGUUGCCUAAUUUAUAGGUAUUUGGAUGAAAUUCUUCCAUAAAUUUUAAUAAUUUGCUUAAGUCCAAGUUUCUGUUCAAGUGUCAGAUGUGUAAAUUGCUUCCUCUGAAGCCUUGGGCAUUUAGAGACAAGUUCUUUGUGAGGUUUCUGCCUAACUCCUGGAGGCAUUUCUUAGGCAUUUGGAAAUGUAGUUUGUCAUGAGUGAAUGCACAAAGGAAGAAGCCCCAUCCUUACACACAUUUCUUUGCUUUCAUUGUUAAGAAAAAAUCAACAUGUCCCACAAGACUCCAUUAACAUAUCUGGAUACGUUUAUUCCUGCAUUGCUGUUAGCUCCAACUAUGUUAAUAUGAAUCUUAACGAUUGGUCUGUGUGUAUUCAUUGCCUUGCUUUAAGAACUUUAGCAGUCUGUGCAGUUGAAAAGCCCACAUAGUUAUGGGCAUCAGUAAUGUUUCAUAGAAGGUUAUGUAUCUUGUGUUUUGGAUUUCAUCAAAAGGAAACAUUGUAUUCUGUUAGAUUGGCAGAGUGUUUUUCCGCAGGUGUGAGCCAGCACACUAGUGAGAAUCUUCCUGUAUGAAGAGUCUCUGAAUGUGCACACACACCUCCCAGCCUUAACCACACCUGGCUCAUGCCAAAGCUACCGAAAGCUAAGCCUGAUGCAGAACUCUGAUGACGUGUGCAGAAAUGAGAAAAUCCUCCAGGACCCGGAGUGGGAGGAGAUAGCAAGACUGCUUUUCCUUUCAGAGAUGCUAUCUCUUCCUUUAUUGAUCCUUUUCUAGCUGAGCUUGCCUGGCUUGCUCAUCGCUAAUGCCCCACAGACUUCAGUAUCCCCUUUCCAUAUGCCAGGGCCUUUCUAAUGUCUCUUUCUCAGACACCACCACUCAUCUGGAUGCGUCUUAAUUUCUUGUGGCAAGUUUCAGAGUUUACAAACAGGUUUCCUCACGCACACAAGCAUUGUAGGAGGUAUAAAUAAAGAUCUGACAAACCACAGUUUAUUAAGAGGCUACAGGAAGCCAGUCAGUGUAUAAUAAUACCUGUUUACAACAUGAAACAAAGGUAAUUAUGGUUUUAUUAAGAAACAUCUGUAAGCUCUUUCUUUAACCGGUUUAGCAAUAAGAGUUUUAUAAAGUGUUUCAGCUACGGAUUUAUUGUAGGUGUGUUAAUUUUAAUAAAUGUUCUUUAUAGACCCUAUGGCAGUAUUGAGGAUGCAAAACAGUUUUGAUGACAGCAGGGUCUGGCUUGUGGUGAAUUGUUUUAGAGUCUUCAACGUUAAACAAUUUCCGUGGUACUAUUUAAGACUUCCUAGCUAAUGAGUUAUUUAGUGUUUCUCGGAGUACAACAGCCAGGGACUUGAGCCUCUGGUUCCUUUGUGGUCCAGACUUCAGCUCCCAUCCACUAGAUAGACUGUGUCAUACUUUGUUUUCUAUUGCAGUGGUCAGCUUCGAAAGAUGGGUUUGUUUGCAUUGAAACAUUCAAAUGUAUCCACUCUGAAGAGCAGUUUUGAUAUCAGGUCCUACACAGGACCAAACACAAAGCUGCUUCUCCAUCUCAGAUUCAUAAGCUCUAUACCUCUGCCUGGAAAUCUGUUAGUCACCAUCUGUCCUUUCCUUUGCAUUUUUAUGUAAUUCUGCAGUUGGUGUGUGUUAUAAUAAUUUGCUCCUUUUUGGUGAAUGGAACCUAAAAUUACGGCUGUAAAUAAAAUGUGCUCUGUAAUUUUGUUUGUUGCUUGAUUGGUUUCUGUGGAAUUACAUCUGCUUUUUACUUAUGGAAUUUUUGUGUAGAUUAUAUUCUUAAAAGUAGGAUAAACUAUGAAGUUUUUGAGUUAUUUGAAUUUGUAAUAACAUUUCAACAUAGAUCUAAUUUGCAAAAGCUACUUUAAACCUGCAGUACAUAUAUCAGCUAUAGUGAGAUGUACGAUUUUUCUCUGAUACUAUAACAUAUAAUAUUGUCAAAAUAUGCUUAAUAAUUUAUUUCCAUAAGACUGAAGAGUUUUAUUUACAAAACAUAAGACCACAUAAUUUAUAUAUAAAUCAGUGUUACUAAGGUAUAUCAGUAAUUAAAGUACAACCUAGGCUCUUCGAUUUGGUUUCUGGUUAUGCUUUGUUUGAAGGGAUGUCUUUUCAGUACUUUCAUUAAACUUUUGAAAUGUUUGUAUACUUUGUAUGUGUGCCAUUUUGAAGUUUAUGCAAGUUCUAAGCAAUAACCUGCAUGUUGGACCUGGUCAGCAUCCUUUGUCAUGACAGUUUCCUUUAAGUAUUAAGAAUGACACAGAUCAAUAUUGUAUAACUCUCCCCUCUCCCAGUGAACACCUUGGGAGUUUCCUCUGUUAAAACACUACUAUAAUGUGGUGCAAAACUUUGUAUUUUGUGAAAGAAAAAUAAAGUCACGCUUAUUUAGUGCAAAA